GGUCCUGGAGCCCCUGGGCGCGGCCCCCCACCCCCCCAGCUAGGAAUCCCUUUGUCUGGAGCGCCCGGAGGAGGUGCUUUCGAAAGGCCAUCUGGUGGAGGGGACUCCAGGUCCCCUUUCCCGGGGCCACAGCAGCACGUAGUAUGUGGAAAGGAGUUGAGUCCAGAGAAGUUUGUACCCGCUCUGCUCAGGCCUUCAGUCCCAAUGUCUCUUACUAUCACUUCUACCCAUUGGGAACUGAAACCCAUCCUCCUAUAGCCUCCAGAGUCUUCUGUUGCAGAUACUUUCCCCAAGAGAGAAAACCAGUGCCUGGCUGAAAACCAGUGCCUCUACCAUCAUGAGCUCUGAAUGUGAAGUCGAUAUUUCCAAAACAGUGGUAAAUGGGCUAACCUCAACCAGUAAUGGUCAAGAAAAAGCUACUGACGACCCUUUACGUGCACGCUCUAUUUCUGCUGUUAAAAUAAUUCCUGUGAAGAAAGUGACAAACUCCUCUGGCCUAGUCCUCCCUACAGACAUGGACCCUACCAAAAUUUGCACUGGAAAAGGAAUGGUGACCCUCCGGGCGUCUUCCACGCACAGGGAAUCUCCGAGUGCCAGCCCAGUGAACCCCCAGGAGACCGGGCUCUCGGAAAGUAAGCCAGGUCUGGAGCCAGAAAAUUUCCCCACAGAUGAGUGGAGACUGUCCUCUAACGCGGAUACCAACGGAAAUGCCCAGCCUUCUUCCCUGGCUGCCAAGGGCUACCGAAGUGUGCAUCCCAACCUUCCUUCUGACAACAAGUCACAGGUUUCCUCACCUCCAUGCCCUCCUCUUCCAAAAGAGCAAAGCUUUGCAUGGCGACCACACGCUGAAGCUAAGGUUUCCUCAUCACCAGUGCCCUUCAAGGACUGUGUGUACCUGAGUUCACCGAAGCCUUACAUGCCCCAGAGUGCUUCUUUCCAGCAGCGUCCCUCCUUUCCCCCAGCUGUGCCCACCUCCCAGGUAGCCAGCACAGCUCCCAGAGUCACAGCGUAUGCUAGUCAGGCAUUCUUGCCUAGGAGCUCCACAUACCCUGAUGCAUCAUCCCGAUACCAGAGCCCCUGGGAGGCUUCCAGGGCAGAAGAUAGCCCUAAUGUGAGCUCUAAUCCCCAUCACGAGGCAGGAAGGGAUAAAAAAAAGGUCAGCAGCUUAUAUGUCGCUUGUUUAUCCAACAACACCGGCCCCACUGCAUCUGAGAACUCCCCUAGGUUUGCAUGUGACCAAACCCAGAGCAACCCUUUGGAAGACCAGGUCAUUGGAGCACCAGCUCUUGGCGCUGUGUCCUCCUUGCCUAGCGCUGAACCGUUACGCCUUGCUCCUCUUCCCGAUCCUCCCCAGCUGUCCUUUAACACCAUCAGCAGUGGUGAUGCAGUUAGCCAGGGUGAAAGUCCUCUUCUGGGGACUGAGUCUCCUCUCCCAGAAGCAGUGAGACCACCUGUGCUAAGUGCCCAGAUUCCUUCGGGCCAAGGGACCCUGAAGAGAAAAGAACGUUGCUUUCCACGACGGUGGUAUCCGGCCAAGGACGCUACUUCCUCCAACACAGCUCAGCCAGGGAUUAUAGUAGUCCCUCUGUACCUGGUUAACACAGACCAAGGGCAAGAAGGCAGAUCCAGAACACCACCACCGCCUCUGGUGGCCCUGGACCGAGUCGCCACAUUCCCAGCGACCACCUCCGCUGGCGCGCCUCUGACCUUUCCGACAUUAGAUGAUUUCAUUCCCCCUCGUCUGCAGAGGCGAUCCCACCGUCAGCAGCCAGCCAGUCCUUCUGGCUCAGGGCCCCCUGUUAGCCAGACAGCACCGUCACUGUGCUCUCCACCUCCUCCACUGGUCCCUCCAGUCCCAGAGGCCCCGCACAGAGUCUCGAAGCCUGACCUCCCUGGAGCUGUCUCAAGUACAGGUGCAGAUUCUCUGGUAAAUGAAGUUUCUUCACCCCGCGGUGGGACUGAUUCCCAGAUUUUCCCACCAGUCAGCAAGCCUUCAUCUGCUUACCCUUCCACUACCAUCGUUAAUCCCACUAUUGUGCUUCUGCAACACAAUCGAGAUUUAGAGCUGAAAGAAGCCCCAAGAGGACAUCCAGUCCAGUCUCCAUCUUUUACAGAUGAGGAAACUGAAGUUCAAAGGAGAAGUCCCUGGCAAGGCUGCCAAGAGCAACAAAAACGGCUUAAUAGUCUAACAGAUCCCACACCAGAGAGAAGGAAUGAAGAGAAGGUAGACUCAGCGCCAACGUGGGAGAAAGUUGUUCUGCCUAGCACACGACCAGAUAAAACAGUAAAGGAUGAAAGUAGAAGACUAGUUAAGAGCCCUCAGUGCCUAAGUGAUGGUUCCAUGGAUGAAGUGGGCAUUCCACUAAGGAACACUGAGAGAUCCAAAGACUGGUAUAAGACGAUGUUCAAACAGAUCCACAAACUUAACAGAGACACUCCUGAAGAAAACCCUUAUUUCCCCACCUACAAAUUCCCUGAACUUCCUGAAAUCCAGCAAAAACCUGAAGAAGACAAUCCUUACUCUCCUACCUACCAGUUUCCUGCAUCUACUCCUAGUCCUAAGUCAGAAGAUGAUGAUUCAGAGCUCUACUCCCCUCGAUACUCAUAUUCUGAAGACUCAAGAAUCCCCUUUUCGGUGCCUCGUUCAAAAAGUGAGAUGGAGUACAUCGAUGCAGAGAAGGUGGUCAAGAGGUCUGCCACGCUGCCCCUACCCUCCCGCUCUACGUCUUUGAAAUCGAGCCCGGAAAGGAAUGACUGGGAGCCCCCAGAUAAGAAAGUGGACACUAGAAAAUACCGUGCAGAACCUAAAAGCAUUUAUGAAUAUCAGCCGGGCAAGUCCUCAGUUCUGACAAAUGAAAAGAUGACUCGGGAUAUAAGCCCAGAAGAGAUAGAUUUAAAGAAUGAACCUUGGUAUAAAUUCUUUUCGGAAUUGGAGUUUGGGAGACCGCCUCCAAAAAAGAUAUGGGAUUAUACUCCUGGAGACUGCUCUAUCCUUCCUAGAGAGGAUAGAAAGACUACAAGAGUCAGCCCCACUCCAGAAACGGCUGCUGAGCGUUCUGCCUACUCAUAUUCACCCAAUAUCCAUGCAGUGAAGAGAGAGUCAGAGAUGGCUCCAGGGGAUUCCACUGGUUUGGAGAAUGAAAGACAGAUUUACAAAAGUGUACUGGAAGGCGGAGACAUUCCUCUCCAGGGAUUAAGUGGUCUCAAGCGACCUGCUAGCACUGCUUCCACUAAAGAUUCAGAAUCACCUCGGCACUUCACCCCAGCUGAAUACUUGGAAACUACUGAAGAUUUUAUUCGAAGGCGUCAUGAUGACAAAGAGAAACUUUUAGCGGACCAGAGACGGCUUAAGCGUGAACAAGAAGAAGCUGAUAUUGCAGCUAGACGGCACACGGGUGUUAUUCCAACCCACCAUCAGUUUAUCACUAAUGAGCGGUUUGGGGACCUCCUAAAUGUAGACGAUACAGCAAAGAGGAAAUCUGGGUUAGAGAUGAGACCUGCCAGAGCCAAAUUUGACUUUAAAGCUCAGACACUAAAAGAGCUUCCUCUGCAGAAAGGAGAUAUUGUUUACAUCUAUAAGCAAAUUGAUCAGAACUGGUAUGAAGGAGAACAUCAUGGCCGUGUGGGGAUCUUUCCACGGACGUACAUAGAGCUUCUUCCACCAGCAGAGAAGGCACAACCCAAAAAGAUGGCGCCAAUACAAGUUUUAGAAUAUGGAGAUGCCGUGGCUAAGUUUAACUUCAAUGGAGACACCCAAGUGGAGAUGUCCUUCAGAAAGGGGGAGAGGAUCACAUUAAUUCGACAGGUUGAUGAGAACUGGUAUGAAGGGCGAAUCUGUGGUACCACUCGACAAGGCAUCUUUCCCAUUACAUAUGUGGAUGUGAUCAAGAGACCUCUGUUGAAAAACCCAGUUGAUUACAUUGAUCUGCCAUUCUCUUCUCCAAAUCGAAGUACGACCGCUUCUCCCCAGUUUCCAAGUCAUGGCAAGUGCCACUCCCCAGCACCCCAAUCUCUACCUUGUUCACAUCAGGUGUUGUCUCCUGAGAUGCAUGCCAUCACCUCUGAGUGGAUCUCCCUGACUGUAGGGGUUCCAGGCAGAAGUACUCCAGCUGUGACCCCACCAUUGCCUCCUCUGCCAGAGACCUCUCUUUAUAACACUGAAUACUUUACUUCCUCAGCCUUGGCCAGUCCUACCGUUUCAGUAAGCCGUCCUCAUUCUAGUAUCUCAGAUUGCUCUAGCCCAAGCCUUUUGGUUUCUCCGUUCCCCCCUAACCCUCACAGACCAUCUUCUACCAUUCACAACGUCAGUACUACCCUUCAUUCAAAUGAAGAAAAUAUUGUGUACUCACCAUCCCCCAGUGUUAAAUGGGAUACCUUCUCCCAGCCACUGCUGGGGAACUCCAAUAGUGUUAUCUCUGAGCUUAGUGAUGCCAUUAGCAAUCAAGCCAAGUUCCAACAGUGGCAAGAAGAAAACAGACAGUGUUCAAGGAAGCCUAAUAAAGAGGCAGGGGAGUACUGUCCCGAUGGAUCCAAGAUCUCUAAGAAGAGCUGCUUGAAGCCAUCAGAUCUGGUCAAAUGUAUGAGCACAGAACAGAGACUUUGCGAUAACACCCUUGGGGGAAGCCCAUCCUGUCAACAUGUUUUCAGCCCUGUUCACAGAAAUGAGGCUGGGCAAAGAGGUACCAGUGCAGGGGCCAAGCACGCUGACCAGAGAGAGAAUCAGAAUGGUGUGAGACAGCCUUCACAUCAUUCAUUGAGCACAGGACCAGAUCUCACAGAGUCUGAAAAGAGCUACGUGCAACCUCAAGCCCAGCAGCGAAGAACCACCUCUGACAGAAGUCAGAACCUACAGGAUUUCUAUAGCUACCAAGCAUUAUAUAGCUAUAAACCACAGAAUGAUGAUGAGUUGGAACUCCGAGAUGGAGAUAUUGUGGAUGUCUUGGAAAAAUGUGAUGAUGGUUGGUUUGUUGGUACUUCCAGAAGAACAAGACAGUUUGGUACUUUUCCUGGCAACUAUGUAAAACCUUUAUAUUUAUAAGAAGCCUGAGAACCCGUGAUUGUUUUUUAUUGGUGGAUGAAACACGGAACACAAAGCAAUCUCUUUAUCUCAGUGUUGAAUCAAUAAGUCGGUUAGUGCAAGGAUGAAGUAAGAAGUCUUAGAGAGACUUGGGGAAGUGUUGGAUUUAAAGCAUGAGCCUCCUAGGGCCUUGCACAGUGCUUGGCUCAUAGCAGACUUCAGCAAAUGUUUUCUUCAAUGAAUGAAUGAAUGUAUGUAUGUGCGAAUGAACUAGGGCCCAGGUAUUUGCUGGGCAGUGAGAAGCAAGCCAGACUUCUAGUUUACAUAACUGCCUUUUUAAGCCCCGCUAGGCCUCCCUCUCACCUUCCUGUGGUGAGCCGACAUGGAACUGAAGGAAAGACUCAAGUAGCCCCUCAUCCUCUGUGUUUGGAGGCCAGUUCAGUUCUAGCUCAGUCCUAGGAGUGUUGGUCUAAGUUGUGUGAAACUGAGGGAUUCAUUUGAUUCUGAAGCAACCCAGAGAAGACCCAAGGAAGCCAGAUCUGGUCCAGUCUUACCUUAAAGUUUGGGGGUCUGAUCUUUAUUGAGUGCCUCUCUAAUCUGCCCCAGAGCAGGUUUAGAAGACGGGCUAUCCAUUUGAAUGCCCCAAAACUCAUCAGACCAGACUUUCCAGGGCUAUUCUGGACCAGACCUGUCCCAACUUGGACCCACACUCUUGAGACUCUAGUGGGAAGGAUAGGGGUAGUAGAAAUAAGGUACCAUUCUGUGAGGGACUACACUCUUUCACCCCCAUCACCUCCACACAUCCCAAUGUUCUGACAAUAAAGCAUGUAGCGUUUGCGUGUGAGAGUUGGAGGAAGUAGAUCAGAGGGACACAGAUUUUCAUCUGAUUAAAGUAAAGUUGAUCUGUAGCUUAUUGGGGUAACAUGCAACCAGUCACUAUCCAUGUAUACAUAUAUAUGUAUAUAACCUUGGAAUUUUUACUAGGUUACCUUACCUUCAGAGAUGCCAGGUUUUAAUUUGUUUGAUGACUAUCACCAAUAUUUCCUAGCAUAUCAUAUGUAGAGCACUGGAAUGUUCAAGGAUAUUUCUUACAGAAAACGAAGAAUUGCAUUCAGAGGAAACCUUCAGAGUUAUUUUGAUCUAGCCAAAUCAAUCACAAAUCGCAUUGCUUUGACCUGUCCUUGGAGCAGAGCAGGUAGUUGUCCUGAGCUUGUACUCUGCUGGCUGCAUUUUAUGCCACCAUCUAUUGGAGGACCAGAGUUCCUUGUCCCUCUGCCUGCAUGGGAAGAGUUAAUCCCUCAGAGCCAGAAUCAGGGAGGGAGCCAUCCAAACACUACAUUUGCACCAGGCAGCCCAUGACUGUGGAUGCAUAAAUGAGGGCUAACAGAACCAUAUGCAUGAAAGGAGUUCACUGCUGGGAAGGUAGAGUAAUAUCUCCUUGAGUUCACCCAUUGUCCCCUCAGAUAUGGGUGAUCCCUGGCAUUGCUACAGUUCCAGUGGAGAAUGUAAAUACAGUAAGCUUCAGCUCUCUGGACGUAUAUAGUCACUCCAUCAUUACACUAGCCCUGUGUGUACUCUGUUGCUCCACAGUUUAUUUCACCCCCUACUCCCCAUAUAGGACACAUCCUAGGCAAAAUUUGGAGGGGGUAAAUAGGUCCCAUUUUGUACCCCAUUCCAUACCUCAGUGGUGUCUUCUCACCCCCAGGGCCCUAAUACUCCUCCUCUAUCUUCCACCUUAUAAAAACCUGUUCUCAGGAAAGAACUGACAAAUUCAUUCACAAAGACCUGUAAAUGACUAGUAAGAUUCAAUCUGUUACCCCUUCCAAGGAAAUUUGCACUUUAACAAGGCAAGAAGCCUUAAUCAAAGGAAUGAAGCUCCAGUGGGAAAACUUCAGAAUUGGUAGGCGAGAAACUACCAGGCAAGGGGAGUCCGUUUGAUGCCUCAGAAGUCAUGCCACAUGGGCAGCCACUGCCACCACAUAGUAGGAAUACUUUUUAUUUUUGGCAUCUCGCUCUGCAGGGAAUGUAGUAAAAGCACAUGUGUGUACAUGUGCACAGGCACCCGCAUGUCCAUUCAUUUCAGCACUAUGGCAUUAGGAUUCACUUUGAAGUGGAAGUCUUACAUUGGAUAAUUAUUUUCCUGAUCUGUUUUGGAUGCAGACUGUUAUUGAUGCUAACUUCCAACACCUCUAGGAAUACAGCUAGAGAAUCAAACCAAUUUGUAAAGCUACAUUUCACACAUAAUGCCAGUGACAUAUAUUUGUAUGUCUCUGGAACCUCUAGUUUGUCUCCCAUAUUUUCCCAUAUGUUUAAUAAUAAGGAAAAAAACUCUAAAAUUGCAUCAAAUUUCAGCUUCCUACAUAUCACAGAACAAGUAGCGUCAAAAUUUCUAGUGGCUACUUUGUCUUGAGACAUUUAGGAAUACAAAAUACUUAUUUUUAUGCUUAUAAUAUUUAUACAGGUUUAUUAAUAGCAAGUACGCCUAACUGAUAGCAUGAUUUGCAAUGCAUUUUGAUAUCUUCCCCACGCCGUGGGGUCUAAAAAUGACAUCAACUGAAAAAUCACUUAUCUUUCGCAGUCUCUCUGGGAUCACUAAAAAAAAGAAAUCAUAUCCUCAAGAAGGGGGACUGUACAUAUGUAUAUUUGUAUAGACCAUGUACUUACCUUGUAUAGAAAAAAUAAUUUUAACAAUUUGAGUGAAAGGAAGACAGUAAGGAAGUCAUUAAGGUCUUUUUUUUUUUUUGCAUUUUUAUUUAAGUGAAGGAAUUCCAAGCUAACCCCUAUGGAUUUUUUUUUUUUUAGCACAAGAAGACACUUGUAAAAUGUUACAGCUUUUAAAUCAUCAUCAUUGGGGGGAAGGGCAGUAACUCUUAUCCUCAUUUAUGAAUUUUGAAAAUUUUUUCCUUUGCAGUCUUGUUUCCCUGCAGUAAUAUUUAGUCCUGUUGCUAGAAUAGGUUAAUAUGCAAAUUAUAUUCUGAAAGAAAAAAUAAAUGACUUUCUAUGUAACCAGUUAAUUUAAAGGAUUGCCAUUGAAACAACACGCAGAGAGCAUGUACUAUACAGACACAGAUCUUGUGUUCAUUUAUUUUUCUUUAUUGCAGUGGAUUAUGGUUUAUUUGAUAAUAAAUAGACGUGUUGAAUUACUGCUACAUUUCCUGUACAGAUUAUUUAAUAAACCUUAUUCCGAUUUGUGUGGUACACUUU